UCUUCUGUUUUCCUAGUAAAGCUACUGAUCUAAUCAAGAGGCAGCAGUGUUGUUUGCCUCUUAAGGAGAGGAAACCUGUGAAAGGAGCCGAGGAAACAAGGGAAACGGAGCUGCUGCUGCUGUGUCUGGCUCGUGUCAUCCAUGUGUGUGUUUUCUGCAGAACAAGCUCGUGUUUGUUUGAACACUUCUGUGUUUUCCAAAGCCCGAGUGGAUUACAUCACUCAGAGCAGACACGGGCGUUCAGGGAAACGCCGUCAGACCUGAAAGACCAGCCCCCCCCCCAGGACAAGUCAGCAGAGAGCCGUGCGCCCCUCAGCUCUGCAGAGCCGCGGCCUGGGAACGGGGGAGGAAGUGGAGCUCAGCCGCGGGGGGGAGGAGCCGCCGCUGCCACCGCUGACUCUGACACUCACACGUGGGACAGCUGCUGCAGGAGACGGACCGACUGACAGCGGCCCAAACCACGGGGAGGUGAACCUGACUCACGCCGGGCGGCGCUCGCCCCGGCAGCCGCUCGGGAGGCGUGUCGCUGCCACUGACGUCCUGCUGCUAUUAUUAUCUGACUUCUGCCGUGGAUUAAUUCUCCCGUGGCGCCGAAUGAAGCCCUGAGCAGAGAGAGAGUGAAAGAGGGAGAGAAGCGGCACCGCGGUGCACUAAUGUGGCCCGACUACCGGAACGAAGGUCAUCUCAACGCGCACCUGUACUCGCUCAUGUGCUGUGCAGAUGAGCGGGACCGGGUGCAGAAGAAAACCUUCACAAAAUGGGUCAACAAGCAUCUCAUCAAGGUGAGGAAGCACAUCACAGACCUGUACGAGGACCUGAGGGAUGGACACAACCUGAUCUCCCUGCUGGAGGUCCUCUCUGGAGUCACGCUGCAACAGCGGAGUGGCCCCCCACAGAAAAGAGUGUACACCCUGCGGGCGCCCCCCCUCAUCCCGCUGGGAGGGGAGGAGCAGGAGGAGGAGGAAGGAGCUCAGGGACCGAGAGAAAAGGGGCGAAUGAGAUUUCAUCGACUGCAGAAUGUGCAAAUAGCGCUAGACUUCCUCAAACAGAGACAGGUCAAACUUGUAAAUAUCAGGAACGAUGACAUCACUGACGGGAACCCCAAGCUGACGUUGGGGCUCAUCUGGACCAUCAUCCUCCACUUCCAGAUCUCCGAGAUCUACGUGAGCGGCGAGUCGGGCGACCUCACGGCCAAAGAGAAGCUGCUGCUAUGGAGCCAGCAGGCGACGGAGGGCUACCCGGGCCUCCGCUGCACCAACUUCACCUCCUCCUGGAGCAACGGACGCAUGUUCAACGCUCUGCUGCACAGAUACAGGCCAGACCUGAUCGACAUGGAGGCGGUGUCGCGGCAGGGUAACCGGGAGAACCUGGAGCAGGCCUUCGAGAUCGCCGAGUCGUUAGGGGUAACCAGACUGCUGGACGCCGAGGAUGUCGAUGUGCCGUCUCCAGAUGAGAAGUCCGUCAUCACCUACGUUUCCUCAAUCUACGAUGCUUUCCCCAAAAUCCCAGAAGGAGGCGAGGGCAUCGGCGUUCACGAUGUGGACCAGCGCUGGUCGGAGUACCAGUCCCGGUUCUCGUCUCUGCUCCAGUGGAGCCGCCAACACACGGCCCUCAUGGCCAACAAGAGCUUCCCUCAAAACCCUGUUGAACUCAAGGCACUUUACAAUGAAUACGUCCAUUUCAAAGAGACGGAGAUCCCUGCGAGGGAGGCGGAGAAGAGUCACAUCGCCCACCUCUACAAGCUGCUGGAGGUGUGGAUAGAGUUCGGCCGUCUGAAGCUCCCUCAGGGCCUCCACCCCAACGACCUGGAGGAGGACUGGGGCAAACUCAUCCUGGAGAUGCUGGACAGGGAGAAGGCUCUCCGGCCGGCCGUGGAAAGGCUGGAAGUGCUGCUGCAGAGAGCCAAUAAGAUCCAGAAUGCGGCUCUGGACUGCGAAGAGAAACUCACGCUCGCCAAGAACACACUACAGGCUGACAUGUCUCGGGCGGAGAGCGGAGAACCGGUGCAGUGUGAGAGAGAGCUGGCGUGUUACCUGCAGGACUGCGAGUCGCUCAUCACGCAGAUCAACCAGGACCUGAAAGUCCUCCGAGAUGAGAAGUACUACCAGGUGGAGCAGCUGGUGUUCAGGGUCUCCUGCCUUCAGGAGGAGCUGGUCUCCCUCCGACUGCAGUGCUCCAGCAUCUACAGGAAAGGCCACUUCUCCCAGGCGCUGGGCAGCGCCGGGACAGAGCCCGCCGGCCAGGUAGCCACCGACGGCGGCCUCUCCCUGGGCCAGACGCUGCUGGGGGCCGUGGGCGCCGCCGGGGCGGUGGGAGCCAUGCUGCUGAGGCGACCCAUGGCCCGCUCCCAGCUGGUGGCCAUGUCCUCGUCGGAGGACGAGGGAAGCCUGAGGUUCAUCUACGAGCUGCUGGGAUGGGUGGAGGAGACCCAGGAGCUGCUGGAGGGGGCUGAGUGGGGCGCUGACCUCCCGUCGGUGGAGAACAACCUGCAGGAGCACAACAGCAUCCACACCGCCAUAGAAGAGCUGAUGGGCGGUCUGCAGGAGGCCCGCGGCUACGAGGCGAAAGUCUCCCCGAACUUCAGGGGCAGUUACGCCGAAACGCUGGCCAAGCUGGAGCACCAGUACUGCAAACUCCUGGAACAUUCGUCAUGGCGCCUCCGGAGCUUGGAGAGCCUCCACGCGUUCGUGUCCCACUGCACCGAGGAGCUGAUCUGGCUCAACGAGAGGGAGGAGGAGGAGAUCGCCUUCGACUGGAGCGACAACAACUCCGGCAUGAGCGCCAAGAGGGAGAUGUACAACGAGAUGCGGCUGGAGCUGGCAGAGAAACAAGACGUGAUGAGGUCCCUGCAGGACACCGGCAGCCGCUUGUGUCAGGAGAACCAUCCGGCCAAGCAGACGGUGGAGGCUUACAGCGCCGCCCUGCAGACCCAGUGGCAGUGGGUGGAGCAGCUGUGUGUGUGCGUGGAGCAGCAUCUCGGGGACAACACGGCGUACUUCCAGUUCACGAGCGACGCUCGGGACUGCGAGUCGUAUCUUCGGCAGCUUCACGAAACCAUCAAGAGGCAGUACACGUGUGACAGGAACAGCAGACUGAGCAGACUGGAAGACCUGCUGCAGGACUCCAUGGAGGAGAAGGAGCAGCUGAUCGAGUACAAGAGCGCGGUGGCGAGCCUCGUGGGCCGCGCCAAGACGGUGGUGCAGCUCCGCCCCCGCAGCGCCGAGACAACGCUCGGCACCACCACGCCCAUCAGAGCCAUCUGUGACUACAAGCAGAUCGAGAUCACGAUAAACCGAGGGGAGGAGUGCGUGCUGGAGGACAACUCUCAGCGGACCAAGUGGAAGGUGAUCAGUCCGACGGGGAACGAGGCCAUGGUUCCCUCGGUGUGUUUCAGUGUCCCGCCCCCGAACCAGGACGCCAUCGACACGGCUGCCAGGACGGAGCAGUUGUACCAGAAGGUCAUGUCUCUGUGGCAUCAGCUCCACGUGAACAUGAAGAGCGUCGUGUCCUGGCACUACCUGCUCAAAGACAUCAGGGCCGUCUCCGAGUGGACCCUGGACACGGUUCGCUGCCAGUCUCCGUCGGAGCGGCAGCACGUCCUGGAUCACCUGGACUCCCAGCUGGCCGACUUUCUGUCGGACAGUAAAGAGAGUUCGCUGUUCACGCCGGCCGACAGGCGCGAGCUGGAGAGGGACGUCCAGCAGACCCAGCAGCAAUGCCAGGAGCUGCUGCUCAACAUGGAGACUGUGGAGAAGGACGAGUCGGUGUCUCGGUCGUACAGGUCGGAGCUGCAGAACAUCUCUCUGCGACUAAAUGAGGCCGAGCAGCGACUGAUGAGGGGGAUCGAGACUCCGCCUCCCAGCCGCCUGUCAAGCGGCAGCGUUGACAUCACGGUGCAGAUCGCAGAGCAGGAGAAGCUGCAGUCGGAGCUGGACCGCCUCCGCUCCAGUGUCGGCGACGUGUCCCGUCGCUGCGUCGGUUUCUUCGAGGAGAAGCCGGCGUCCUCCAGUGUUCCCGUCCUCCGGUCCGAACUCGGAGAAGCCGUGGAGCGGACAGACAAACUGCACAACCUCUCAUCCAUCUACCUAGAAAAGUUGAAAACGGUGGACGUCCUGCUGCAGGACCUGGACGAAGCGGAGAGCCAGGUCCGGAAGUACGAGAGCAGACUGAGUGAAGAGGACAUUGUUCCUGCAGACACAACAGCCAUCCAGAACCUCAGAGACCAGCUCGGGAAGUGGCAGAGCGAGCUGGCGGAGCAGGAGGGCAUCAUCCAGACGCUGCAGCUGCAGGUGGAGCGAGCCCAGGAGGCGGGGUCUCAGCUCAGCAGGCUUCACCCAGACCGCAGCCCCGAGCUGGAGCGCUACCAGGAGAAGGCCAAUCAGAUCGCCGAGAGGUGGAGCGGCGUCGCGCGGCAAAUGGAGACGCGACGAGCCGAACUGGACGCUCUGGGCUCGGCGCUGCAGCAGUACAGAGACGGCCACUCGGCUCUCAUCAGCUGGAUCGAAGAGACGACGGAGAGACAGGAGAGUGCUCAACCUGGACAGAGUGACAGCAAGGCGCUGUCGGAACAGCUGGCCCAGCAGACGGCAUUAGUAGCUGAGAUUGAGAAGAACCAGACCAAACUAGACGAGUGCCAAACUCACUCCAAGCAGUACUGCACCUCAGUCAAGGACUACGAGCUGCAGCUGAUGACCUUCAGAGCCUUCGUAGAGUCCACGCACAAGACACCUGUGAAGAGGAGGAGGAUGCACUCGUCCUCCGACGCCAUCACCCAGGAGUUCAUGGACCUGCGAACGCGCUACACAGCCCUGGUCACCCUGACGACGCAGCACGUGAAGUACAUCAGUGAUGCGCUGAGGAGGCUGGAAGAGGAAGAGAAAGAGGUGGAGGAGGAGAAGCAGGCCAGGGUGGGCCAGGUAUCAGACCUCCUCAGCUGGGUCAAAGGCCUCCAGGGACGGACCGGCGGCCCCAGCGCCGAGUCAUCGCUUGCCGCCCAGCAGGCCGUCAGUGAGCAGCUGGCCGCCAGGAAGGAGCAGGUGGGCGAGGCCAUCCGGAGCACGCAGGCUUUCCUCCGGUCCAAGCAGGCCAGCAAGUUGUCGCCGGAGGAGCGCGCCCAGGUGGAGGCUCAGCUGGACCAGCUCACCAGCACCUACGAGCAGCUCCUGCACAGCUCCACGCAGCAGCUGCAGCAGCUGGAGCAGCAGCUGGCCCGGGAGGAGGAGAGAAAGGUGGUCCAGCAGCAGAAAGCAGAGUGUUCCCAGAAGCUCGGAGGACUCAACGCGUGGCUGGCCGGCGCCGCUGGUUUGCUGGCGAGCCGGAGACCAGGAGCCGAGUCGGAUGACGUGAGCGUCCUGCAAGAGGAGCAGAAGCAACUCAGGGAGGUGCAGAAGGACCUGCGGGCUAAAGCCGAGGGCGUCGCUGAGGCCGUGCGCUCGGCAGAGGACUUCCUGGCGGAGCGAGGCGACGGUCUGAGUCCGGAGGAGAAGGAGAAACUCCAGGCGGCGCUGGCGGGACUGAAGCAGCAGUACAAUGCCCUGACGGACUCGGCCAACACGUCGCUGUCGGAGCUGGACGCCACCAUCAGCACGACGGUGCAGCAGAACACACAGCGGGCGAAGGCCGAAGAGGAGCUCCAGGAGACCCGGACCCAGAUGGACUCUCUCCUGAACCAGCUGACCAGCAGACCUGGAGCAGCUCCUGAGGCCGUCGACGCGCCCUUCUCACCACCAGAGGGCGCUGUGAUGUCACACACAGAGAUGUUGCAGGCGGAGCUCCAGCAGCUCCAGGCGCAGCAGGCCCAGCUCCUGCAGAUAAACCAGUCGGCCCGCUCGCUCCUGGACCAGCCGGACUCCGCCGUUCCUCCCGAGGAGAAGCGGCGGCUCCGGGCCGCCCUGAACCAGCUGCAGGUUCAGCACCAGGACCGGCUGCAGAGCUGCCAGGACCGCCUGAGGAAGUCCGAGGCUCUGAAGGAGGAACUCAGCAAGUUCCUGCAGGAACACAGAGGUCUGGGCUCCUGGCUGGAGCAGAGUGAACAGGAGCUGCGCUGCCUGGGGGACGGAGAGACCGACGCUCAAGGGCUGAAGGACCGGCUGGAGGAGCACAGGAAGCUCGCCGAGGACGUCAUCUGCCACAAGGCCGACCUGCGCUUCGUCUCCAUUUCUGGUCAGAAGGUUCUGGAUUCCGUCCAAGCCGCUCUGGAGCAGGUUGCUGGUUCUGAUCCGGCUCUGGACCGCACCAAGCAGCUGGUCUCUGAGAGGCUGCAGGACGCCAACCACAGAUACACCACCCUGCACACCAAGUCGACGGAGCUGGGCGGCCGUUUGUCGGGCCUACUGGAGCGGUACCAGCAGUACCAGGACGAGGUGGUCUCCCUGCACUCCUGGCUCAGCACUCAGGAACAAAACCAAAGCGUGGCCAAAUCCGGCGGCGAGACAGACCCGCAGAACCUGCAGAGCACGCUACGCCAAGUGCAGCUGCUGCAGGACGAACUGGCGGAGCGCUCGGUGCAGCUGGAGAAGGUGAAGAGGGCAGGACGGGAGCUGGUCAGCGCCGACGAGUCCCCAUCCCUCAAAGCCGUGGACAUCCUCUGUGCAGCAGACGGUUUGGAGAAGAGGUUCGGCAGCCUCUCAGCGUCCGUGUCUGAGCGGGCCGAGCAGCUGCAGACGGCCGUGGCCCAGUCGGUGAGCGUGCAGGAGGGCCUGCAGGGGCUGCUGAGCUGGCUGGACCAGCUGGUUCUGAACCCGGGACCGGUGGAGCCGACCGCACAAGCAGUCCAAGAGGCUCUGACCCAAAACCAGAAACUGCGGCAGGAGCUGCUCUCCCGGCAGGGCAGCAUGGAGGCGACGCGCGACUCUGUCUCCAGACUCCUGCAGAGCUCCGACGCCUCCACGGCCUCGGGCCUCCGGCGGAGCCUGGACCAGCUGACGCAGCAGUACGCCGCGGCGCAGGCCAGCCAGGCGGGGCGCGAGGCGGAGCUCAAGGGUCUGCUACCCCGACUGGAGAACUACGAGCGGCUCGGCGCCGACCUCCAGGUCUUCACCCAGAGCCGGCGCAAGGCUCUGAGGCCGCUGGGCCAGCCGGACCGCAGCGUGGAUGACUACCGGCAGACCGUCGAGGAGGUCCGAUCCGAGCUGGAGCAGGAAGCAGGUCAGCUGAAGUCCUUCUGCAGCCUCGGCGCCGAGCUCGGCCAGUCUCGAGCUUUCAGCAACACCCAGAGCUUAUCGGACCACGUGAGAGGCGUCACAGAGGAGUUCACCAAACUGGAGCAGAACGUCAACGAAAGGUUCGCUGCCAUUCAGGCCUGCGAGCAGCGGCUCCUGCAGUUUCGCGGCCUCUCGGCUUCCCUCGCCCGCUGGCUGCAGACGGUGCAGGACCAGCUGCCCUCCAAGGAGGCCAACCUGGACACCGAGGGCCUGCAGAGGAGAGUGCAGCAGCUCCAGGACUUGUUGAACGACUGGGACUCGCAGAGAUCAAGGGUUCAGGAGCUGAACAAGUCCGGGUCCGAGCUGGAGUCCCUCCUCAUCGAUAUCACCACCCCUGAGAUCAAAACCGGUGCCCCUCACAUCAACGGCUCCACAGGUCCCGGCAGCGUCAACGGCAUUCACACAUGCAAAGACCUGACGGAGCUGCAGGUGGCGGUGUCCGACGUCAACGCGCGCUACGAGGCCGUGGGCGGCGAGUUGAAGCAGCGCCUGAGCCUCCAGGAGUCUUCGCUGCAGAUGAGGCAGAACGUCCGGCGAGGCACCGAGGAGCUGAAGAGCUGGCUGAGCGACCGGGAGCGCAGCCUGAAGGAGGGCCAGACGGCCUCCCCCUCCAAGCCGGAGGUGGUGCGGGCCCAGGCCCAGGAGAACAAGGCGCUGCUGUCGGAGCUCGCUGAGCAUUCUGGGACGGUGGAUGAGGUGAAGAGCACGCUGAGGAAGCUGAUCGCUGAGAACCCAGACUCUCCCGAGGCCGAGACGUGGAGGCAGCAGCUGCAGGAGAUAGACUCGCGCUGGCAAGCGGCCAAUCAGACGGCGGCCCAGCGGCAGACGGAGCUGGAGACCUGCGCCGACCGGCUGGGCAGCUUCGCCUCGGCGGCCGGUCAGCUGGGACCCUGGCUGAGGGAGAAGGAGCUGAUGAUGAGCGUGCUGGGACCCCUGAGCAUCGACCCCAACAUGCUGAACACGCAGAAACAACAAGUGCAGUUCAUGCUGCGUGAGUUUGAGACGCGGCGGCCGCAGUUCGACCAGCUGACCCAGUCGGCGGAGGGGAUCCUCUCCCAGACCGAUGCUGCCCAGGACCCCAAAGACCUGGAGGAGGUCCAGGCGGAGCUGCGCUCCGUCUCCCAGCAGUGGGAGGACCUGACGGGCCGACUGACUCAGAGGUCGGACCACAUCGAUCAGGCCCAAGGGACCAGCGAACGGUACCAGGCGCUGCUCAAGGAGCUCUCCUCCAGCGUCUCCGCCCUGAGCGACAGGCUAGACGGCCAGGCAGCGCUGAGCGCCCAGCCCGAGGCGCUGAGGCGGCGGCUCCAGGAGACCGGAGAGGUCCGGUCAGAGCUGGAGCGGCGGCGCACCGAGCUGGCCGAGGCGGAGCGGCUCUGUCAGGAGCUGAGCGCCAUCGUGGCCGAGCCGUACCUGAAGGAGGAGCUGAGCAAGCGGCUGGAGAGCGUCAGCGGACCUCUGAAGAGUUUGGAGGAGCGAGCAGCUGACGGCCUCUCCCAGCUCCAGGCCGCCCUUUCUUCCACCCAGCAGUUCCAGCAGAUGUUUGCGGAGCUGCGCUCCUGGCUGGACCGGCAGGCGGACCCCAGCAAGACCUCCUCCGUCCCGUUGCCAUGCCAACCGGGGGCCAUCCGCUCCCUGCUGGCGGAGACGGACGAGCUCCAGCGCGGCGUGGCCAGCCAGCGAGGCUCCUACGAGCUGAUCCAGGCCGAGGGGGCGUCGCUGCUCGCCACGCUGCCGGCGGAGGAGCGGUCGGCCCUCCAGUCCCGCCUCGCCGCCCUGCGGCAGGACUGGGACGAGCUGAACCAGCAGAUCUCCCAGCGCGAGGCCCGGCUGAAGAGCACCCUGAGCAAGGCGGAAGCAUACCAGCAGCACAGGGCGGAGCUGGCGCCGUGGCUGGCGGAGUGCGAAGAGAAGGACGGGCAGGUCCAGCCGUCCCUGGACCCGUCCGCCCUGGACGACGCCCUGCAGAGGGCCCGCGCUCUGGCGCUGGACCUGGAGAGACGGCAGCCGCUGCUGGAGGCCUUCAACGCCGCGGCGGACCAGCUGCUGGAGCAGUGCUGCGUCGGGGAGGACGAGGUCCGGGACGAGAAGGCGCAGCUGAACCGGCGGGUGGACGGGCUGAGCGAGACGCUGCUCAGCCGGACCUCCCAGCUGGAGGAGCUGGCCGGACGCCUCAAGGAGUUCGAUGAGGGCCGGCAGGCCGUGGAGCGGAGGCUGGAGGCCGCCAAGCACCAGAUCGAGGUCCAGGAGGCUCUGGGACCACAGGCGUGCAGCGCUAAAAGCCUGGAGAGGCUGAGGAGCCAGCAGCAGAGUCUGAGGUCCCUGCAGCCUCAGGUGGUCUACCUCAGGGACCUGGCCCAGGGACUGGUGCAGGACGCUCCCCAGACCCCGGGAGGAGGCCCGGGGGGGGCGCAGAGGCUCCAGAACCAGGCCAAGGAAACCGAGGACGAAUAUGAGGACGUCACGGACAAGAUCGAGCAGUGCUGCUCCUCCCUGGAGUCGCGGCUGCAGGGUGUCGGCGAGGUCCAGGGUCACGUGCGGGACGUCUUCUCGCGCCUCUCUGACCUGGACGACGAGCUGGACUCCCUCGGCCCCGUGGGUCGCGACGCCGACUCGCUGGCGUCGCAGGCCGAGGCCGUGAAGGGCUUCCUCUCCCGCCUAGCCGACCUCAGGGCGGAGCUGGAGGGCCACGCUACGGACUGCACCGCCAUGCUGCGCCGGGAGGGCUCCUCGCCCGACCUGCUGGCUCUCCGGAGGGAGACGGAGGCUCUGAGCCGCCAGGCCGGCAAGCUGAGUGAGCGCGGCCAGGCCCGGCUGGGGCAGAUCGAGGACUCCGGCGACAGGGUGCGGGACUUCUACGGCCUGGUGGCGGAGCUGCAAGGCCUGCUGGGACGCGCCGAAGACGGGCUGAACACACAGGCGGUGGUGGGAACAGAGGUGGACAUGAUGAAGCAGCAGCUGCAGGAGUUCAAGGCGGUCGAGCGUGAGCAGGUGGACCGCAUCCAGCCGAAGCUGCAGCACGUCAACGCCGUGGGUCAGGGGCUCAUCCAGAGCGCCGCCAAGCACACGGACACGCAGGGCCUGGAGCACGACCUGGAGGCCACAAACCUGCGCUGGAACUCCCUCAACAAGCGGGUGGCCGAGCGCAUCGCACAUCUGCAGGAGGCCCUGCUGCAUUGUGGGAAGUUCCAGGACGCCCUGGAGCCGCUGCUGAGCUGGCUGAGCGACACGGAGGAGCUGGUGGCCAAUCAGAAGCCUCCGUCUGCAGAGUACCGAGUCGUCAAGGCCCAGAUCCAAGAGCAGAAGCUGCUGCAGAGGUUGCUGGACGACCGCCGGCCGACCGUGGAGAUGAUCCGUGCCGAGGGGGCGAGGAUCGCCGCCACGGCCGACUCCCAGGACCGAGAGAAGAUCCAGACGCAGCUCCAGAGUCUGUCGGAGCGGUGGUCCGAGCUGCUGGACAAGGCCAGCGGCAGGCAACGGCAGCUGGAGGAGCUGCAGGUCCUGGCGCUCCAGUUCCACGAGGCCCUGGAGCCGCUGGGGGAGUGGCUGAGCGCCACCGAGCGGCGCCUGAGCUCCGCCGAGCCCAUGGGAACCCAGACGGCCAAGAUCUCCCAGCAGAUCACCAAGCACAAGGCGUUCCAGGAGGGCGUGUCCUCCCGGGAGGCGGAGGUGGACCGCCUGGAGUCCCUCAGCCAAUCGCUGACGCCGCUCAGCUGCGCGGCGGACCAGGAUUGGCUGCGCGAGCGCGUGGGCGCGGUGCGCUCCGGCCACUCGGAGCUUGCCGGCUGGUGCGGGCGGCGGGCGGGGAUGCUGGAGCAGGCGCUGGCCAACGCCCGGCUGUUCGGGGAGGAUGAGGUGGAGGUGCUGAACUGGCUGGCCGAGGUGGCUCAGAGACUGGCCCAGGUGUCGGUCCAGAGCUACCAGCCGCAGCUGCUGGGCGAGCAGCACAAGCACACGCUGUCACUGAAUGAAGAAAUCGUGAGCAGGAAGAAGACGGUGGACCAGGCCAUCAAGAACGGUCAAGCGCUGCUCAAGCAGACCACCGGUGAGGAGGUUCUGCUGAUCCAGGAGAAGCUGGACGGGAUCAAGUCCCGGUACGCUGAGAUGACGGCCGGCAGCAGCAAGGCGCUGCGCACGCUGGAGCAGGCGCUGCAGCUUUCCACGCGCUUCGCCAGCGCCCACGACGACCUCAACCAGUGGCUGGACGGCGUGGAGGCGGAGCUGAGCAGCGUGGAGACGGACGCCACGCCCGCGUACCAGGAGAGACAGAAGGAGCUGAAGAAGGUGUCGGCGGAGAAGCGUCUGGUCCUGGACACGGUGAACGAGGUGGGCAGCGCCCUGCUGGACCUGGUGCCGUGGCGAGCCCGCGACGGCCUGGACCGCCUCGUCGCCGACGCCAACCAGCGCUACCGCCACGCCGACGAGACCAUCACUCAGCGGGUGCAGCUGGUGCAGGCCGCCAUCCAGAGGUCGCAGCAGUACGAGGAGGCCGUGGACGCGGAGCGGGCCUGGGUGGCGGAGACGGAGCGGAAGCUGGCGUCUCUGGGGCCCCUGAGCCUGGAGCCCGAUGUGACCGUGGCCCAGAUGCAGGUCCAGCGGGCCUUCAACAUCGACAUCAUCCGGCACAAGGACACGGUGGACCAGCUGCUCGGCACCAGGGACGACAUCCUGGAGUCCUGCAGCGCCGCCCAGCAGGACGCGCUGACGGUGAAGACGGACUCGCUCAGCGCCCGCUACGACGCGGUGAGCCGGAGCCACAGCGAGCGCUUCUCGGCGCUGGAGCAGGCCCAGGUUCUGGUGGCCCGGUUCUGGGAGACCCACGAGGAGCUGGAGCCGUGGUUGGGCGAGACGGAGACGCUCAUCGCUCAGCUCCCGCCGCCGGCCAUCGACACAGACGCCUUGCGGUUGCAGCAGGACCAGAUGAGGCUGCUCCGGGAGUCCAUCGCCGAGCACAAGCCGCACAUCGACAAGCUGCUGAAGAUCGGACCGCAGCUGGCGCAGCUCAGCCUCCAGGAGGGGGCCGGCGUGACCCGCCGCUACUCCGACGCCGAGAGGCGCUACCUGGCCAUCAAGGAGGAGGUGAAAGGUCGCGCCACGGCGCUGGACGAGGCCGUGUCCCAGUCCUCCCAGUUCCACGACAAGAUGGACCCGCUGCUGGAGACCCUGGAGGGGGCGGUGCAGCGGCUCCGCCAGCCCCCGCCGGUGGCGGCGGAGGUGGAGAAGAUCCGGGAGCAGCUGGCGGAUCACCGCGCCCAGGGGCUGGAGCUGGACAAGCUGCUGCCCAGCUUCUCCGCCCUCUGCGCCCGCGGGGAGGAGCUGAUCGGCCGGGCGGCCCGCGACGACCCCGCCGCUCAGGCGGUCCGGUCCCGCCUCCUGCGCCUGCGCUCCCUGUGGGACGAGAUCCGGCAGCGGGCCGAGGAGCGCGAGGGGAAGCUGAACGACGUGCUGGACCUGGCCGGGAAGUUCUGGGCCGACGUGGCGGCGCUGCUCAGCACGCUGCGGGACUCGCAGGACAUCGUGAAGGAGCUGGAGGACCCCGGCGUCGACCCGUCGCUCAUCAAGCAGCAGAUCGAGGCCGCCGAGGCCAUCAAGGCGGAGACGGACGGCCUGCGGGAGGAGCUGGAGUUCGUCAGGACCCUCGGGGCCGACCUCAUCUUCGCCUGCGGGGAAACGGAGAAACCUGAGGUGAAGAAGACCAUCGACGAGAUGAACGCUGCCUGGGAGGGUCUGAACCGGACGUGGAGGGAGAGGAUGGAGAGGCUGGAGGAGGCCAUGACCGCCUCCGUCCAGUACCAGGACGCCCUGCAGUCCAUGUUCGACUACCUGGACAACGCCGUGAUCAAACUGUGCGACAUGUCGACUGUGGGAACCGAACUGGGAACCGUCAAGCAGCAGAUCGAGGAGCUCAAGCAGUACAAGGUGGACGUGUACCAGCAGCAGAUCGACAUGGAGAAGCUGUGCCACCAGGGGGAGCUGCUGCUGAAGAAAGUGUCUGACCAGACGGACCGGGACAUGAUCCAGGAGCCGCUCACCGAACUGAGACACCUCUGGGAAAACCUUGGGGACAAGAUCACCCAGAGACAGCACAAGCUGGAGGGUGCGCUGCUGGCCCUGGGUCAGUUCCAGCACGCCCUCUCGGAGCUGCAGGCCUGGCUGAGCCACACCCACACCACCCUGGACACGCAGCGGCCCGUCAGCUCCGACCCCAAGGCCAUCGAGAUCGAGCUCGCCAAACACCACGUUCUGCGGAACGACGUCUUGUCCCACCACUCCACCGUGGAGACGGUUAACAACGCCGCCGGCGAGCUGCUGGAGUCGUCUCCGGGCGACGAGGCCAGUCACCUGAGGGACCAGCUGGACCGGCUGAACCAGGGCUGGGAGAAGCUGCUGCUCAAGACCCAGGACCGGCAGAAGCUGCUGGAGGCGGCGCUGCACCAGGCGGAAGGUUUCCAUGGCGAGCUGGAGGAGUUCCUGCAGUGGCUGAGGAGGACGGACAGCCAGCUGUCUGCCGCCAAACCCACCGGCGGUUUACCUGAGACGGCCCGCGAGCAGCUGCAGCAGCACAUGGAGCUGCAGGCUCAGCUGGCCCAGCGGGCCGACCAGUACCACCGGCUGCUGGAUCAGGGAGAGUCCAUGCUGCUGGCCCGCGGAGGAGACGAAGCCGCACCUGGCACCACCCAGACCCAGCAGAACCUGGCCAUGCUGCAGAACAAAUGGGGGAGUCUCAACACCAAGAUGGAGGACCGCAGGGGGAAGCUGGAGGAGGCCGUUUCCUUGGCGACCGGGUUUCAGACGUCUCUGCAGGACACCAUCAACUGGCUGACGCAGGCGGAGCAGACGCUGAACAUGGCGCAGCCGCCCAGUCUCAUCCUGGACACCGUCCUGUUCCAGAUCGACGAGCACAAGGUGUUUGUGAACGAGGUGAACACCCACCGGGAGCAGGUCCUGGCCCUGGAGAAGGCCGGAUCGCAGCUCCGCUUCGCCAGUCUGAAGCAGGACGUGGUUCUGAUCAAGAACCUGCUGCUGAGCGUUCAGGCCCGCUGGGACAAGCUGGUGCAGCGGUCGCUGGACCGCGGCCGGCACCUGGACGAGGCCCGCAAGAGAGCCAAGCAGUUCCACGAAGCCUGGAGGAAGCUGACGGACUGGCUGGAGGAGGCUGAGAAGAGGCUGGAUUCGGAGCUGGAGAUCUCCAACGAGCCGGACAAGAUCAAGGUUCAGCUGACGAAGCACAAGGAGUUUCAGAAGGCUCUGGGCUCGAAGCAGCCCGUCUACGACACCACGGUGAGGUCCGGCAGAGCCAUGAGGGACAAAGCUCAGCUGCCUGCAGACACACAGCGGCUGGAUCACCUGGUGGGGGAAGUGCGGGACAAGUGGGACACCGUCUGUGGGAAGAGCGUGGAGAGGCAGCACAAGCUGGAGGAGGCGCUGCUGUUCUCGGGUCAGUUUGCAGAAGCUCUGCAGGCGCUGGUGGACUGGCUGUACCGGGUGGAGCCCCAGCUGGCUGAGGACCAGCCGGUCCACGGAGACCUGGACCUGGUGUCCAACCUCAUGGAUGCUCACAAGGCUUUCCAGAAGGAAAUGGGGAAGAGAACUGGCAGCGUUCAGGCCCUGAAGCGCUCGGCCCGGGACCUGAUGGAGACGGGCCGCGACGACACGGCCUGGGUCAAAGUGCAGCUUCAGGAGCUCAGCAACCGCUGGGACACGGUCUGCGCCCUGUCCGUCACCAAGCAGACCCGCCUGCAGCAGGGGCUCAAACAGGCGGAGGAGUUCCGCACGGCGGUGCAGAUGCUGCUGGAAUGGCUCUCGGAGGCGGAGCAGACUCUGCGUUUCCGUGGCGUCCUCCCCGAGGAGGCGGAGACUCUGCAGGCGCUGCUGCACACGCACCGAGACUUCAUGGGCACGGUGGAGGAGAAGAGGACGGACGUGAACAAGGCCGCCGGCAUGGGGGAGGGCAUCCUGACCGUGUGCCACCCCGACUCCAUCACCACCAUCAAGCACUGGAUCACCAUCAUCCGGGCGCGCUUCGAGGAGGUUCUGACGUGGGCCAAGCAGCACGAGCAGCGCCUGGAGACGGCGCUGACGGAGGUGCUCAACAACGCCAACCUGCUGGAGGAGCUGUUGUCAUGGCUACAGUGGGCAGAGACCACGCUGGUGCAGAGGGACACGGAGCCGCUGCCUCAGGACAUCACUCAGCUCAAGUCCCUGAUCACGGAGCACCAGACGUUCAUGGAGGAGAUGACGAGGAAGCAGCCCGACGUGGACAAAGUGACGAAGACCUACAAGAGGAAGCCGGCGGAGCCUCCCAGCAGCCUGGCGGAGAGGAGAGGAGCCCGUAAACAUCAGCAGCAGCAGCAGCAGGCGGCCCUGCAGCUCGCAGGGGGAAACCCGCGGCUCAACCAGCUCUGCGCCCGCUGGCAGCAGGUCUGGCUGCUGGCGCUGGACCGGCAGAGGAAGCUGAAUGACGCGCUGGACCGGCUGGAGGAGCUCAAGGAGUUCGCCAACUUCGACUUCGACGUGUGGAGGAAGAAGUACAUGCGCUGGAUGAACCACAAGAAGUCGCGCGUCAUGGACUUCUUCCGGCGCAUCGACAAGGACCAAGACGGGAAGAUCACGCGGCAGGAGUUCAUCGACGGCAUCCUGGCCUCCAAGUUCCCCACCAGCAAGCUGGAGAUGACGGCCGUGGCCGACAUCUUCGACCGAGACGGAGACGGUUACAUCGACUACUACGAGUUCGUCGCCGCGCUGCACCCCAACAAGGACGCCUACCGGCCGACCACCGACGCCGACAAGAUCGAGGACGAGGUGACGCGGCAGGUGGCCCAGUGCAAGUGUGCCAAGAGGUUCCAGGUGGAGCAGAUCGGGGAAAACAAAUAUCGGUUCUUCCUCGGAAACCAGUUCGGCGACUCCCAGCAGUUGCGUCUGGUCCGGAUCCUCCGGAGUACAGUGAUGGUGAGAGUCGGAGGCGGCUGGAUGGCUCUGGACGAGUUCCUGGUCAAGAACGACCCGUGCAGAGUGCAACAUCCAGGACUUAAGAUCCUCCGCUCCGAUUCCAGUAGCUCCAUCUCAUCUCGUAUAGUGACAGUCACUCCUGGCUAUUUCUGCUGCCGAGCUCGCGGCCGCACCAACCUGGAGCUCCGGGAGAAGUUCAUCCUUCCUGAAGGGGCGUCUACGGGUCUGGCUGCCUUCCGGUCCCGGGGCCGGCGCUCCAAGCCCGGCUCUCGCAACGCCUCGCCCACCCGCUCUUCCUCCUCGGCCUCCCAUAGCGGCGCCUCCAUCCCCUCAGCUCCCUCCACCCCCGCAACCCCAACGGCUUCGGCUUCAUCCAGGUCCUCCCUCACUCACUCCCGUGACUAUGCCAAACCCUGGCUGGCUCACAGUAAAACUCCAACGCCAACCAAGUGCCACUGCUGCCCAGAUCUCGGUCACGGCCACAUCACCCCUGGGCACGAGGGGGCGACGUCCGGUUCCAAGAUGAAAAGGCCGCCUUUCCACUCGAGCCGAGGCUCGCUGACGGGAGAAAACGGAGGAUCGGCACACGCCGGCAAACGCACAGAUCCAAAGAGAGGGGCGUCCAGCGCCAGCGGGCCGACCAGCCGGGCCGGCAGCCGGGCCGGUAGCAGAGCCGGCAGCAGGGCCAGCAGUCGCCGCGGCAGCGACGCCUCGGACGCGUCGGAGCUCCAAGACGCUCGCUCCGUCUGCUCCGACGCCUCGGACACGCCGCGGCGCCCCGGCAGCGGCGCCAAACCCUCCAAGAUCCCCACCAUCUCCAAGAAGACGCCCAGCCCGAAGACCCCGGGGGCUGCAAAGAAGUAGAGCAGCAGAACCGCUGCUCCUCCCUUCACGCGGGUCACCAGCGGUCGCCGUGGACGACCGACCGGAGACGACGCGCUCCGAACAUCUCCAGGGGAAAGGAGGAGGAGGACGCCGAGCCAAGGCCUUCCUCCCUCUUUCCCCAGAAACGACUGUGAACCUGCACAAGAGGACGGGAGUUCUGGUCCGGUGGGCCCGGACCCGAGUCCCCACUUUGCCUUCCGGACUCCUUCCUCUCCAAAGUUCCCCUUCGGCGUGGAACCGACCACAAGAUGCUGCCUUAUUUUACGUUACACGGAGAACGACCUUAGCCUGCUUUCCACCCCGCCGACGUGAGCAGGGGGAGUUAUUCUGGCCUGUGGACCAGACGCCUCGACGGAGCAUCCAAGGAGAAAAUAUGCAACGACCGCCGCGGAGCUGAGGACGCAGGAAACUCCUCCAGACCGCUGGGACGUCAGGAUCCGCCUCGUGUUUCGGGCUUCGGCCCCGAAAAACACAAGAAGUGACAAAACUAGCAAUAGAAAGGACCGUUUCUAUGGCGACGACUAACAGCACAUUACUGACGACGUACGACGCGAGAAUCCUAAUAUGAACCAUGUUCGACAACCAGCAUGCACUAACCGUCUCCCCGUCGCCCUUGGCAACCCUGCUGCACACACACACACACACACAUAGACACACACUCCUGCACACUGGAGGGGGCGUGGCCUGUGUGUGUCCUGUUACAGGAAAAAGUAGAGGUCAUUGACUUGAGUCACUGUAUGCAAAAUUUUAAUUUGCGGAUUUUGUUUUUUUUUCUCUGCUCGUUGUUUUCUGGUUAAUUUAUAAUAAUCCAGCUGUACUUUUUUUUGUUAUUUAGCUUGAAAGAUCUAUUUAUUUUUCAGUUUCAUGUGACGUCACCGUUCGCAGGGAGUGAUUUAGUAUUAAGGUGAAAGAAGUUUUGUACCCGGCAGACGUCCUUUCUGCUCUUUUGACAUGGUUUGUGUGUAAAGUGUGUUUCUACGCCGUUGUAACAUGAAAUUACUCACGAGGGCGCCGCCUCAGCGGCAGCCUUGUUUGUUAUAUUUUCUUUAUUGCUAAUGACUACAACUUCCUGACCAAAGGGGUUUGCCCUUCACGUGUAGAGAGAACUACAGAUAUGAAUGAUGGGGCUGAAGAGGACGAGGGGGGGCGUCUCCUCCCCGGUCCUCCAGUGUCUCUUCUUCUAGGAUUUUUUCAAAUGUCCUGUGAUUGACGGAGACGGUCCGUCUGAUCUCAGCAUCAGAAAUGAGGAGUUUAUGAAGACUAAUGAAUUUACAGUCAGAAAGAAAUAAGACAUCUUAAGGUGAUUUUUUUAUUUAUUUAUUGUCUCACUGGGAGGGUGGGGGGCACAGGAGACGAGUCAACCACCUUUUGAUGCUGUGCUCCUCUCUCUGUGGUGGGGGGGGGGGUUACCAUGAGUCAACUUGUGUAAAAUUAAAACGAAAACUAAAAUUAUAAACAAAUUUCUUGUUCUGUUUUUUGUAUUAAAAGUAAGCUUGCAGUAAACGUGG